AUGCUGCGGUUAAUUUUCUUUGUUUUCCAGAAUGUUUUUUGCCGCCGGCAUGCGGAACUGCGGGUGCCCCAUUUCCUUGGCUGCACCCCGCUUUUCGCUUGGAACAUAUCGUUCAGGCCGCGACCGUGCAUGCGCCGCUUUGGAUUUUCCUUUCUGUUUUCGUUUUUCUAUUUCUCCGGGCAUCACAUCUCUUCGCUUUUCUUCUCUUUAAGCCCCUCCAGCGCCCCUCACGAAGGCUGGUUGCUGGCACACCCGACACCUCUCCGAUGGAAGGGAGGGUAUGCUUGUCUCUCCCGCGCUUGUAUGCCGGGACGGUGUGUGUUUUUCCUUGUUUGGGUACCUCGACCCGCUGUACCCAUUCCGGCUGAGCUCUUCGCUGCCGGCCCGGUUGUCGCCUUCGGUCGCGCGCUGACAUGCCCGCGAUAG